GAGAGGCGCCUUCUGUGCGCUCUGAAACUCGCUGAGCGACCUUGGCUCUGGUGCCAUCUCUUAGCAUUGCUUGCCCUACAGGGCUGUUGUGAGAAUUAAAAGGAGGGGAGGACGCUGCCUUGAAUCCCUUAGGGAGAACUUUGUGGAUAUUUUUUCUCUUCCCUUGAGUUUCGCUGCCAUAUGCCUAGGUGUAUAAUAUUUUGAAUCCAUGGCUCCCACCAAGCCUAGUCACUGGCCUGUCAGUGUUGGCUCUGAAGCUUUUCUGCUCAGAUUUGUGUCUGUUAUCUGCCAGAAAUAAUAGGAGGAAACAUCUGACACUCAUAAUUUUCCAUUUAAAACUUGCUGGCAGAGCAAGAGAGGUAAAGGGGUAAGGGGGAUUAAUUCAUUAAAAUAAUGUUUGUGGUAUUCCUCAUGGGAUUGCUUAAACAGUUUCUUACUGUGAAGAAGUGAAAUGAAGAAAUGAAAAUUAAAAUGUGUUGUCCAGUACCCCAGGGCCACAUGACCCCACCAAACUGUGAGCAGCCCUGCUUGUGACAUUAUUCUGAGCUCAGACAUGUCUCUUCUAUAUGCCACACAUCCAUGUCUGUCAGGAUAACACUUGGUGCUUCUCGGGGGGUGGGGGAAUGCAAAGGGUGGUUCGUUGGAUACAGAUUAGCCUGCCACUGAGUGGCCCUUUCCAGCGGAGGAGAUGUCUGAAGGCCCCUUGGGGAUCAACACCGAAUAUGGUGACUGGGAAUGGAGUGCGGAUGCUGGCGAGAGGGCCCGGCUGCUGCAGAGCCCCAAUGUGGAGACGGGACCCAAGAGCAACGAGGAGCGAGGACCUGCUGCGACCUCAAAGCUGGGCGCUGUCUUCAUUGUUGUGAACGCAGCCCUGGGUGCCGGCCUCCUGAACUUCCCAGCAGCCUUCAGCAUGGCAGGCGGAGUGGCUGCAGGAAUCACGCUGCAGAUGUGCAUGCUGGUUUUCAUCAUUGGCGGCCUGGUCAUCCUGGCCUACUGCUCCCAGGCUAGCAAUGAGCGCACCUACCAGGAGGUGGUGUGGGCCGUGUGUGGCAAAGUCACCGGGGUGCUGUGUGAGGUGGCCAUUGCUGUCUACACCUUUGGCACCUGCAUUGCCUUCCUCAUCAUCAUUGGAGAUCAGCAGGACAAGAUAAUUGCAGCACUGAUGAAGGACUCCACGGGGGCAGAUAGCGGCCACUGGUACACAGACCGCAAAUUCACCAUCAGCAUCACAGCCUUCAUGUUCAUUCUUCCCCUCUCAGUGCCGAAGGAGAUCGGCUUCCAGAAAUACGCCAGCUGCUUGAGUGUUGUCGGGACCUGGUAUGUCACAGCCAUCAUAAUUAUCAAAUAUAUUUGGCCUGAUGAGAACAUCCCAGAGGAAAUUACAACAAGCCCCUCCUCUUGGAUGUCUGUCUUCAAUGCCAUGCCCACCAUUUGCUUUGGCUUCCAGUGCCACGUCAGUAGCGUGCCUGUCUUCCACAGCAUGAAGCGACCAGAGGUGAAGCCAUGGGGGGCCGUUGUGACAGCAGCCAUGGUCAUCGCUCUUUUUGUCUACACGGGCACAGGAGUCUGUGGAUACUUGACGUUUGGGUCCAGUGUGGAGCAGGAUGUGCUCAUGUCCUACCCCUCCAACGACAUCCCAGUUGCCAUUGCCCGGGUUUUCAUCAUCGUCUGCGUUCUCACUUCCUACCCAAUCCUGCAUUUCUGUGGCCGGGCUGUGCUGGAAGGCCUCUGGCUGCGCUACAAGGGGGAGGCGGUUGAAGAAGACAUCGUGCGGGAGAGGAGGAGGCGCCUCUUGCAGACGGUCAGCUGGUUCCUCCUCACCCUCCUCCUGGCCUUGUUCAUUCCUGACAUUGGCAAAGUCAUCUCUCUCAUUGGGGGCCUAGCUGCCUGCUUCAUCUUUGUUUUCCCAGGACUCUGCCUCAUCCACACCAAGCUCUCUGAAUUACAAGAGGCCAGACCAGCCGGCUGGUGGGCGAUGGUGAGCUACGGCGUCUUCAUGGUUAUCCUUGGAGCGUUUAUCUUUGGACAGACAACUACCAAUGCUAUCUUUAUGGAUCUCAAGAAGUGAUUCCCUACAACUGCCCUCGGAGUGUGCCUUUCCUCCUCUGGAUUCUUGAAUUCCAAUUUUUGGGGAUGUCUCAUGUCAGCAGGAGGCAACCGUUCCCUCCACUCUCUCCCUAGUGAUUGUGCUACUCCUGUUUUGUUUUGUUUUGUUGGGAGCCUCUUCCGAGACUUUGAUUUCCAUCUUCUUUCCCACUUUCUUCUUGAUAGACCAGUCAAGACCCCACAGGGCCACUUGCUGUGCAUGCAGCUUCACA